AUGGGCAAUGAUGAAUCUGUACAAGGUUAUGCAGUUAAAGUUCUUAAUGUUGUGAACCGUUUAAGGCUAUUGGGUGAAAAUGUCUCUGAGAAAAGGAUUGUGAACAAGCUCUUGCAAGGCCAUGUAGAGAAAGUUUGUAAGAAUCGAGGUGCUAAAGUGGAAGAGAAAGCUAUUGUUGUUGAGCAGAAGGACCAAGCUGAAAAAGAGGUUCUGUUUAUGGUAAGGAAGGCAAACAAUGAUGAAAAAAAGGACACUUGUUUACUGGAUAAUAGAUGCUCAAAUUACUUGACUAGUUACAAGGAAAAAUUUAUCAUGAUUGAUGAUAGUUUCAUAACAAAAAUGGAGAUAGGUAAUGGUGAUGUUCUUUUGAUUUAUGGAGCUGGUACAAUAAGAGUUCAGACACCUACUAGCCUUAAAUCAAUCUCAAAUGUUUUCUAUAUGAGUGUAGGCCAGCUUGUAAAUGAAAACUUUGAGUUGUCAGAAACAAAUGAAGAUUUAGAUGAGAAUGUUGAUAAGGCUCAUGUAAGAGAAACAAAGUCUUGGCAAGACAUUUAUUCUAGAUACUAUGUUGCAAUUACAGAAUCUAGUUCCUAUGUUGAAGCGGUUGCAGAUGGUAAAUGGAGACAAGCCAUGGAAGCUAAAAUGCCAAUGAUAAGAAAGAAUCAGACUUGGAUCCUUGUAGAUAAACUAGAUAAGCAAAAGUUUAUUGGAGUUAAGUGGGUGUACAAGACAAAGCUUAACUCUAACAAAGCUUAA